AAUACCAAUAAAUGAAUAAAGAAACGCUAAAAAAUGGACAAUUCUUUGAAUGAUCGCAACGAAUUCACUUGAAACGGAUCGAAAAUUUUGUUUUCGAGAAACAAUCGUAUUUCGAAAAUUUGAAUCGAUUCUUCGAAAAUGGAAAACGCGGAGGAACAAUCUCCUUUAUUGGAGAGGAAAAUAAGCACGUCGACGAAAAUCGCUUAUGCCUUGGGACAUAUUUUCAAUGACCUCGCUGCAGCCAUGUGGUUCUCCUACACCCUGAUUUAUUUUCAAAGGGUGGCCUUGUUGGAGCCGAUCGUUGCUGGUGCUCUUCUACUUUUGGGUCAGAUCAUCGACGCCUUCAUGACUCCUGUCUUCGGCGUAUUGGUCGAUCGAUACCUGAAGAAAAAGAUCUGGCAUAUUAUCGGAUCUGUGAUGGUCACGCUAUCGUUCCCAGUGAUCUUUGGUGGGUUUAACAAAUCGUCACACGUAAGUAUCAUGCUUCUUUACGUGGCCAGCAUCGCCGUAUUUCAAACCGGAUGGGCAGCUGUGCAGAUAUCGCAUUUGUCCAUGAUCCCUGCGUUAACGAAUUCGUUGCUGGCACGGGCAGACUUAACUGCGAUAAGGUAUUCCGCCCAAGUUGGAUCAGCCGUUGCAGUAUUCAUCGUUACGUGGAUAGUUCUACCCACGGAUGAAGAGGCAAUGGGACGAUUGGUCGAGGAGGACAGUUAUAAAUUUAGAAAUAUCGUUUUGACUUUAACGUCCAUUGGUUUGAUGGCCACCAUACUCUUCCACGUGUUUCUAAAAGAAAAUUUAUUAGAGGAUUACGAAUCGCACAAAGGGAAUAUCGAAGAGGCUAAAAGAUUGUUCGAUAGCUCUCAAAGUGGUCGAACCUCUUUGGUCGGCACGACAAUUUUACUUAGAGUGGCUAUGUUGUACGUAGCCAGCAGACUUUUCAUUACGUUGGCCACGGUGUAUUUGCCGUUGUACAUAGAAGAAACGGAUAUCGAUGGAAAAGAGGCCCUCGCCACUGUUCCAUUGGUCUCCUACGUAUCUUCCUUUGUUGCCGCUUUGUUACUAAAGUACAUAAACAAAUCGUGCGGAACAAAGGUAUGUUACUUUUUGGGCACGUUAAUUGGCGUAAUUUCUGCUGCGGUCACGGAAUACGGAGGGACUUCGAAGACAAUUUUAUACAUCGUGGCGAUUUUAAUCGGAAGUGCAAGCUCGAUCACAAUGGUCACAGCGUUGAGCGUGACGGCGGAGAUAAUUGGUCCGCGAACAGAGCGAAGCGCCAGUUAUUCGAUCGUAACAUUUUUUGACAAAGUUGUUACGGGACUCGUUGUCAUCUUUAUCGAGAAAUUGAGAUGCACGCAACCAACGUACUGUCCAAAUUAUAACAGAGAUACUUUGGCCCUUGUGUGCGUUCUUUCCAUGCUUCUCGGACUUGUCACACUAUUUUCAGUUUCGCGAUGUUUAAAUUAAGAAUAAGUACAAGAAUUUUUCUAUAACAAGAAAAAAAAAAAAAAGAAAAAGAAUCAUUGAAUGCACCUUUACAUCCUCGUAUAUAUUUCAUCUUGUAACCAAGGAUCAUUUCAUACUUUCGUACUUUUCCAUUUUUACACGAAGAAUAUUUACAUACGAGUAAACUUUUACAAUAAAAUAAUAAUUAUUAAACAA